UCACGCCUGUCACGCACUUCAUUAAAUAUCCCCGUCACGCCCGCCCAAGAUCCCCAGACGCGCUCACCGGCAGUCUGCUUCACUUCCAAGUCGCCCAUGGCCCAGCCAAAGACAGACGUCGCGCAGGCGAAUGGCGCACCAGCCAGUCAGCCUCGAAAUACGCUCGACGCCGACCUAGCACUCCUCCAGUCCCUUCUCGCUCAGGGCCAGAAUGACGAGUCCGAGGCUGACGUCGCGGAGAUCCUGAGGCGGCUCGAAACCGCGGACGGCAUCGCUACAGGGCUGGAGAGCCGCUUGGACGACAUCAUGGGCAACAUCAAUACUAUGCUCGGAGUCCUGGAGCCACAAGGACGGGUCGUUGAGCACGAGUCGGUGAUGGUGGAAGAGGAGCGUAUAGUCGCGAUCGCAGCGACGGGGCAGGGCGAGCAGGAGCAGGCUAAGCAGAAUUGAGCGUCCAAGGAGAGCAUUCGAGGAUGCGCCAUUCAGCGAAGAGCAUGUCCUGUACUUCUACGUCGGCCACGUCCUAGAGGAUACCUCUUGAUCAGUCGAUGGCUGCAACCAUGGCUGAGAGUCGCGCGAUGGCGCACCAUGGAUUUGGUGUCUAGAGCGCGAUGCCUCGGGGAAAGGCACCAUCAUGAGCAUGGCCG